AUGGCGGGGGGCCGGCUGCCCGCCCGCCUGCUGGCCGCCGCCUGCCUCGCGCUGAGCCUGGCGCCGGGGGCGGCGGGCCCGCCGGCGCCGCGGGAGAGCGCCGGCUUCUCGCGGCUGCAGCGGAAGAGCCUGGCCGUGGACUUCGUGGUGCCCUCGCUGUUCCGGACCUACGUGCGGGAGCUGGUGCUGGGGCCGCCGGGGCGAGCCGCGGCGCGGUGCCGCCUGCGCCUGGACUGCGCGCCGCUGCUGCGCGCCGCCCGCGGGGGGCUGCCGCGGGCCGCGCCGCCCGCCCGCCCCGGCGGCCCCGCCACGGCGCUGCCCGGCGGCCCGGCGCGGAGGCUGCGCCGCGCCAAGCAGCUGGUGCUGGAGCUGGGCGAGGGCAGCCUGCGGGACGGCUGCGCCGCCGAGCCGCCGGCGGGCCCCGGCGGGCCGGGCGGCGCGGCGCAGCUGGAGUUCAACCUCACCGAGCUCUUCUCCGGGUGGCUGCGCGCCGGUGAGGGCCGGCUACGGGUACGCCUGAUGCCCGAGCGGCGGGCCGCCCUGCUGGGCAGGGAGCGCGGGCUCUCGGCGGCCAUCCGCGCCGCCCGGCCCCGGCUCCUCUUCCACGUCUCGGCGGCAGGUUUGAGCACUUCAGAUCUCCCAACAAGCAGCCCUCCUCUUCUUCCUGAUUUCUGUGCUUGGAACUUGACUUGGAUCAUGAAAGAUACAUCCCCUUUCUUCCCUCAUCGAGGACGACACAUAUUUGAUUGCAAUUUUGAAUCUCCUUGUGAGCUGGAAUAUUCCCUUUCCUCAAAAGAUCAGGAAAACCACAACAGGGCCUGGCUUAGAGUGAAUGCAGAAGAGAUUUCACAGCUAAACAUCCCAGAAGGACCAGAAAGAGAUCACUCUGAGGAUACACCAAAAGGUUUGUUCCUGUUCCUCAAUGCAUCCGAUGGCCCAAGCCCAGUCAUCCUGAGCCCAUGGCUGAGAAGCAGCAGUGACCAAUGCACAGUUCAAGUGGCUGUUUAUAAGUAUUUCCAGCAAAGUGGAGAAUAUAUUGCUCAGGUCCUUCCCAUUGAUGAAAGCACCAGUGAAAUCCUAUCAGCACCAAGUCCAGAGAAACGUGGAUGGGUAUUGCUUCAAAGGAGAGUUGGACAUCAAGAGAAACCGUUUCGGAUCUCACUGGAAUAUGUUGCUAAUGGGAACAAGAGUGUAGCAGCUGUCGAUUCCUUUGCAAUGAAGAACUGCAGUACAGGAUCUGCUUCUGGCUCCAAAAUGGCUCUGGAGGGUUCUUUCAGCUGCUGGAAUGGAACAGUGAUCCGGCUGGGGCAGGCGUGUGACUUCAUCAGGGACUGUGCCAAGGGAGAAGAUGAGGGAGAUAUGUGCAAAAAACUUCCUUCUGGCUUUUACUGUUCAUUUGAAGAAGGGGACUGUGGCUGGAUGCAAGUCUCCUCUGCGUCCCAUGCUUCUCCAUGGCGGAUUGGAAGCUCAGAAUACAACCAUUUUCCUUCACUAGAAGGUUGUGCACUCCUCCUGAACACUAGCAAAGCACCAACAGCAGAAAACAAUGUAAUGACCAGCCCUGCAUUUCCAGCUCCAUUGAGAAACUCCCCCUGUGAGCUACGCUUGUCAUGGCUCAUCCAUGGUGUCUUGCUGGGAAAUAUAUCCUUCGUGCUCGUCGAGAACAAGACAGAGAAGGAACAGAGCAGGACGUUCUGGCAUUCAGCUAACAGGGAAGGUUUGGGAAUAUGGCAGUGGAUGGUCUUCUCUCUCCCAGGUGUAUUGGAUAGGUUUUGGUUUCAGAUCAUCGCUUCAUGGGAAGAAGGAUCUGAUGCCAUUAUUGCUUUUGACAAUAUUUCUCUUAGUCUGGACUGUUAUUUAACAAUCAGUGGAGAGAAGUCAUCUCAAGGUGUCACUCCAGACUCAAGCAAUUUCCUCACCAGUAGAAGUGGCCAGAAGAAGUUUGGAUGGGAACAAAAGCUUCUGGAAAAUCUUCAGCUCAGCACCGCCCCCGUUUCUGGUCCAGCAGAUCACUGGUUAUUCACAACAUGUGGUGCCAGUGGACCCUAUGGGCCCACACAGAGCCAAUGCAACGAUGCCUACAGGAACUCCAACCUCAGUGUGAUCGUAGGUGCUGAGGGGAUUCUCCAAGGCAUUCAGAUCUGGAGAGUACCAGCAACUAACACUUACAGCAUCUCAGGCUAUGGAGCUGCUGGUGGGAAAGGAGGAAAGAACACCAUGGUGAGGUCCCAUGGCGUGUCUGUAUUGGGAAUUUUUGACCUCCAGAAGGAUGAUACUCUGUAUAUCCUGGUGGGACAGCAAGGCGAAGAUGCUUGUCCUAGUACUAAUGACAUUAUACAGAAAGUCUGCAUUGGAGAGAACAAUGUGAUUGAAGAAGAGAUACGUGUGAACAGAAGUGUUAAUGAAUGGGCAGGAGGAGGUGGAGGUGGGGGAGGCGCAACUUACAUAUUUAAGAUGGAGAAUGGAGAACCAGUCCCCUUGAUAAUAGCAGCAGGAGGUGGUGGCAGGGCCUACAGGGCCAAAACAGACACAUUUCAUCCAGAAAGGCUGGAGAAUGAUUCCUCUAUUCCAGGGCUGAAUGGAAAUUCAGGAGCUGCAGGUGGUGGAGGUGGCUGGAAUGAUAACACUUCCUUCCUGUGGUCAGGAAAAUCCUUGCUGGAAGGCGCUACUGGAGGAAGAUCCUGCCCCCAGGCCAUGAAGAAGUGGGGGUGGGAGACAAGAGGGGGUUUCGGAGGGGGUGGAGGGGGGUGCUCCUCAGGUGGAGGAGGCGGAGGAUAUAUAGGUGGCAAUGCUGCAGUGGAAAAUGACCCAGAGAUGGAUGGGGAGGAUGGUGUGUCCUUUAUUAAUCCGAUUGGUACUUUAUACACUCCAGCACUUAAAGUGACAGAGGGGCACGGAGAGGUGGAUAUUAGGCUGCACCUCAACUGCAGUCACUGUGAGAUGGACGAGUGCCGUGUUGAUCUUGAGACUCAAAAAGUCAUUUGCUUUUGUGAGCCAGGCACAAACUUGGCUGAGGAUGGCGUGUCUUGCAUAGCUGAGCCAGUGGUUCAUCUCCCUCUCUCCUUGGUCUUGUCUGUAGUGACUUCAGCAUUGGUUGCUGCCUUAAUUUUGGCUUUUUCAGGAAUCAUGAUAGUGUAUCGUCGGAAACACCAAGAGCUGCAAGCCAUGCAGAUGGAGUUACAGAGUCCAGAAUAUAAACUGAGCAAGCUGCGUACCUCCACUAUUAUGACAGACUACAAUCCUAACUACUGCUUUGCAGGAAAAACCACAUCCAUUAGUGACCUCAAAGAGGUGCCUCGCAAAAACAUCUCCCUCAUCCGGGGUUUGGGCCACGGAGCCUUUGGUGAGGUAUAUGAAGGUCAGGUGGCAGGGAUCCCCAGCGACCCCACUCCCUUGCAGGUGGCUGUGAAAACAUUGCCAGAAGUGUGUUCGGAGCAAGAUGAACUGGACUUCCUGAUGGAAGCUCUUAUUAUUAGCAAGUUCAACCACCAGAAUAUUGUACGCUGUAUUGGGGUGAGCUUGCAGGCGUUGCCCCGUUUCAUCCUGCUAGAGCUCAUGGCUGGAGGUGAUCUGAAAUCAUUUCUGAGAGAGACGCGGCCUAGACCGAACCAGCCCUCUUCCCUUUGCAUGCUGGACUUGCUCCACGUGGCUCGUGACAUUGCUUGUGGUUGUCAGUACUUGGAAGAGAACCAUUUCAUUCACAGGGAUAUUGCUGCCAGGAACUGUCUCCUUACCUGUCGAGGGCCUGGGAGAGUGGCUAAAAUUGGAGACUUUGGAAUGGCCCGAGAUAUAUACAGAGCCAGCUAUUAUCGGAAGGGUGGGUGUGCAAUGUUGCCCGUCAAAUGGAUGCCUCCUGAGGCUUUCAUGGAGGGGAUAUUUACAUCAAAAACAGACACAUGGUCCUUUGGUGUGUUGCUGUGGGAGAUAUUCUCUUUGGGAUAUAUGCCCUACCCUAGCAAAAGUAACCAGGAGGUUCUGGAGUUCGUAACCAAUGGAGGAAGAAUGGAUCCACCUAAAAACUGCCCUGGCCCUGUUUACCGCAUUAUGACCCAGUGUUGGCAGCACCAGCCUGAAGACAGGCCAAACUUUGCCAUAAUCCUGGAGAGGAUUGAGUACUGCACUCAGGAUCCGGAUGUCAUCAACACUGCUUUGCCAGUGGAAUAUGGCCCAUCAAUUGAGGAGGAGGAGAAAGUAGCGAUGCGCCCGGAAGAUCCAGAAGGGAUUCCUCCUCUCUUGGCUUCUGCACACCAAGACAAAAAGGAUGACAAGCGAGCUCUGCCAUCUCCACCCCCACUGCCAUCAGCCAUCACUACUGGAAAACCUCCAGGGAAAGUGGGAGCCUUGGAACCACCAGUCCCUGGGAAGGUGCAGUCAGCCUCAGCAGGCGGACAUAUCAACAUGGCCUACAGCCAGUCCAAUCCCCCUUCUGAGCUGCACAAAGGCCGAGGCUCCAGAAACAAGCCAACCAACCUCUGGAAUCCGACAUACGGUUCCUGGUUUGCAGAGAAGCAGGCCAGCAAAAACACUUCUCUGCAGGAGAAAGAGAUGUCUGAGAGGGAGAAUUUGGGGCACGAAGGAAACUGUACUGUAGGGCCCAACAUUGUGACUGGUAGGCUACCAGGCUCCUCCCUGCUAUUAGAGCCAUCUUCCCUAACAGCAAGUGUUAAAGAAGUGCCUCUCUUUAGGCUUCGCCACUUCCCUUGUGGGAAUGUCAACUAUGGAUACCAACAGCAGGGCUUACCCUUGGAAGCCUCCACACCACCUUGCGCUAGCAGUUAUGAGGAUCCCAUCCUCAGAAACAAGAACCACGUAACCCACCAGGGGCCUUGAGAGCCCUCUGUCCUCUUGACUUUUACCCAUGUGGCCCCUAAGCCUUGAAGAGAUGUCCUGUUACCAAUACACCAUGAGCAAGGGAUCUGACAGUGUUACCUUCCAUUAUGUGCCAACUUGCUCCAAAGUGCCACCCUUGAAGCUGUAAUUUCAAAUAACCCAAGAGGCUUCCAAUCACCAGAGCCCCAAUACAAAAAAAGGAAGAAAAAAAAAAAAGAAAAAGACAAAUGAAAGAAAAAGAAACAACAUGGGAGGGAGGAUACAGGAAACACAUUAACUGCAAGGCCCAGCUUCCUGUUGCAUCAACUCAUACGCAUGAUCGUUGUCAUGCCCUUCCUGUGAACUUUUCUGAAUUGUGCGUUCUCCGCUUAAGUGUAAAGCCACUCACUGCCUUGCCUGUUUCAUGUCUGGGGUUUUCCAUGCCAAACUUGUGGUUGCUGUGGAACACUUAGAAAUCUCCUGCAAGUGGCAGAGCUUUGUAGUGGGUUUAGGGAAAGCAUCAUUCAUCCAAACCAAAAAAGGAUCCAACCUCAAAUGGAGACACAAUAGCACAUUCCCAGCUUGCGUUCCAGCUAGUCUAGUCUUCAAAAGUCCUUGAAUGCACAGUGGCUUUGGUGUCAUUGGCAGGGCAGUAGAAAGAUGCCGCUCAUACUGCAUCACUUGAAAGAGAGACUGGACAGGAAGCAUAAAGGAUUGGUAUGGAUGCUGAGGCAUUUUGAUUUGAGUUUUUGCUUUGGGGUUUUGUCAUCCCCCCCCCCCGCCAGCCAUGUCCAGCACUGAAACUGUGUAGAUCCCUUUAAAAUUCCUUCUGGCCUACAAAAGUAGGAAUGUCUUUCAACAGGAACUUGUGACUGUUAAGUGGAACCAAAGUAGAAUUGUAAAGGACCAUGGUCAUGAGAGAAGCGGUCACAGUGCCCUGAAAAUGGACAGCCCACCUGCAUAGCUCAGAGGUUUAAAAUAGCCAUUGAUAUGCCCUGUACCAGCAAGAACAUAAAGGCAGAAAAAUGACAUUGUGCCACAAUCAGGAUGCCAGAUACUGUGUGUAUUUGAGGGGUUUAUAGCCCUUGUUUCUUUAACAAAAUACGUGUAUGAUAGUGGUUUAAAGAAAAAAAAACGCUGCAUUGACUCAUUUUGUACACAUCAUGCAUGAAAAAUAUUCCAGUAAGUGUAUUGUCAAAACAUAGAUGUAGGAAAUAAUUCCUGUGUAAAGAUAUGCAUUAGUAACCUCACUGUAGGGUUACAAGGAGCUGUUUUAGCAUUAAUGCUGUCUGAAGAAAGGGGUGCCUAUUUCCAUAGAAUGGGUCUGCUAGAGCAUCAGCAAAGGAGUAUGAAGAUCAGUCCAAGACUCUUCAUUUCAGUGAAGUGAUUCUGAAUGUGGCCCUGGAUCCAGAUAUUGAGAGUGGUAAAGCAGGAAGCAGUACAAUCUACGGUAUGAAAAGCACAAAUGGGAAAAUCUUGUGCUACCGCUCUCAGACUCUGAAAAUGGCUUAUUUCCAUGUGGAUGUUACCUGUUUCUUUAGAUGUCAGGUAUGUUUUUCUGAUUCUACGCUGAUUUGUAAGCUGCUGAAGGUAAAAUAGGCUGGAAUGCCUGUUUAUCUACCUUUCCAGCUGUCCGUUCACCGUCUUCAUUUUUGCUACUGAACCUUGUUUCUCCAUCGCGUGCCCUGGAGGUAUGAAGCGAGGCAAGAAGUUUGGGUGGUUCUGCUUCCUCCUGGAGUGCUGGAAGGAAUGGGGGCUGGAAGGGGCUCUGCUGUGGGGGGGGGGGUGGAGGGGCAGGCACAGGUUAAAAGCGUGAGGGCAGCAGCCCCUGGGCCAAGUCUUUCCCUGUGGCAUGGUAUCACUGGCCCACUAGUGUCCCUCCCCCUGCAUGGUGAAAGGCGGCAGGCUGAGUGUGAGAGCAGCUGCGGCAGUGGAUACAGUUGGUUAUACAGUGCAUGAUACAAGAGGUCUGAAAUAGGCUAUGGAGGAUUUAACUUUAUAUGUCUGCUCCUGUUAGUAAGCCUAGCAUCUUGGCAACAAGAACCUUGACAUAGGCAUAGCAUAGAAUAUAGCCUUUCACAGCUGCAAAGCCAUCACAAAUUGCCCCAAACUUAAACCCAUCAGAGGGAAAUGUCUAAAUUGUCUGCAUCUGGCUUCUUUCAGUAACAAAGCUUCAUUAGGAAUGUCUGUCUCAUGUACAGCAGCUUAUGCAACAUUGUCUGUAAAGGAAGGGCCUGUGCACUUCAGGGAUACUAUGAAGAAAAAUACUAAUAUAUGGUCAUUGAGUAUUUUGUAUUGAAUAGUGUAUUUGUAUUGUAAACAAGUGUAGUGAACCAAAAGGCAUGAAGAUAAAUAAAAUGACUGUU